CAGAAGCUCAUUGGAGGCUGCAGCGCUUCACCUGGUUUUUCUUUGAGAUUCAACAAGAUUCAGUCAAUUCACAAAACAAGUGGACUAACAGACACCCCGCAGACUCUCAACUUCUCUCUCAACAGAAAAAAAGCCAUCCUUGCAUCAUCUGAAAUUCUCUCCUGAAUACAUUCUCAUGGGGAAAAGACGUGUUUUCCCUUUUUAAUCGUCUGUAAAGCAACUUUUUGUCCACACUGUUUGCCUCUUGCAAGCUUUGCGGCCGUCACAGAGGUGUGCGAGAAUCACUACGGAUGUUUCAGGUGGACCGCUCGCAUCUGUGAAACUUUUGUGCUGUGGAGAUAUUCAGAGGCACUUUUUCGAGUCUGCGCGACUGUCAUGAGAUUUAUGUGAACGUUUGAUUCGUAACGGCACGGUGAAGCUGCUUCGGUUGGACCACAAUGAAGGACGACUUCAAUGAUGAAGAGGAAGUGCAGUCUUUUGGCUACAAAAGGUUUGGUAUCCAGGAGGGAAAUGAAUGCACUAAGUGUAAAAAUGACUGGGCCCUGAGGGUGGCUAUUGCUCUUCUGUAUGUGCUUUGUGCACUUCUCACCAUAGCUGUGGCUGUACUCGGCUACAAAGUAGUCCAAAGGAUGGAUAAUGUAACAGAGGGAAUGGAAAACAACGGUGGGAAAAUCAUGGCUGUAGAGACAGAUCUUAAGAAACUCGAUGAUCAAGCUGGAGCAAAGUCCGAGAAUGCCACCAGCGAGCUCCUCUUAUUCAAAAACGAAAUUCAGACCUUGCAGAAUCAGCUCAAUGACGUCGCCCUGAGGUCUUCCAGCAACAGAGCUGCUCUGGAUGACCUCCGGCUAGUCGGCGAGGACGUGCAGAACGGACACCUGUCGCUGCGAGAUCUGCUGGAGAGCAACGCCAACGUCAUCAGCAAAGUAAACCGCACCUUAAACACAUACAGCGGCCGGAUCAAUGGACUAAAGGAGGACACCGUACAGCUUCAGACGGAGCUUCAAACACAAAGCAGCAAACAGAGUCAAAACACCCACAGCGUCAGCUCUCUGAACUUCACCCAAACCCAGCAGAGAAACCUCAUCAGCUCCCUCCAGAGGUCAGUGGAGGACACGAGUCAAGCCGUCCAGAAGCUGAAGAAUGAUUAUCAGAGCCUUCAGCAGGUGGCCAGGCAGACCAAAGCAGACGCAGACUGGCUGAGAGAGAAAGUGCAGAACCUUCAAGCUUUAGCUACUAAUAAUUCAGCACUCACUCGCUCCAACAGUGACACUCUGGAGGACGUGACCGCUCAGUUAAACUCGCUCUCGGAGCAGGUGCAAAACGCAUCAACCAUCACUGACGGCCAUGACCAAAGCCUCCGCGAGCUCAUGGAUCAACAGCGAGAUCACGACAACACCACUUCGAUGAAGUUCGACGCGCUAGAGGCACGUCUCGACCGCAACGAUGGGGAAAUGGAUCGCAUAACAGGGAAUGUUAGCUUUUCCACACAGCUGCUAGGGGCGAUCAGCAUUGAUCUCAAUGGACUGCGCACCUGCGCCGAGACGGUGACUCGACAUUCUGACCUGCUGCUGGGGUUGAACAACAGUUUGGCUGAAACAAGGUCGGAGAGCACGGAGCUCAAAGCCCAGCAGGAAGAACUUGUAGGCAGGCUUGACAAAGAGGUCAGCAGCCUCUCCAUAGUCAUGGAGGAAAUGAAACUGGUCGACAGCAAACACUCGCAAAUCAUUACAAACUUCACUAUUCUUCAGGGCCCUCCUGGUCCAAGAGGAUCUCGGGGAGACAAAGGGUCACAAGGGCCUGCAGGCAAACCUGGGCAGAAAGGUGAAAUUGGUGAAAAGGGAGCACCUGGUGUCGCUGGCCCUAAGGGAGAGAGGGGUCCAGCAGGUCCUUCAGGUGUGACAGGGUUCAAAGGUCUACCCGGAUCAAGAGGAAGCCCUGGACCAAAGGGCUCACGAGGUUCAGGUGGUAGGGCGGGGCCUCCUGGAGAGAAAGGUGACCCUGGUAUACCUGGUCUUCCCGGAAGAGAUGGCCAGACGGGUCCACAGGGGCCACAAGGACCCUUGGGACUCAGAGGGCCGCCAGGGCCGAACGGACCGGAAGGACCUAUUGGCCCUGCUGGCCCUGCUGGCCCUGUUGGUCCACAUGGACCACCUGGAUUACCAGGACUUCCUGCACCGUUAGUUGUGCCACAUUUAGAUCCACAAGGCUUUGUUAAUCGCCAGGUCGCUCUUCCCACGAGUGCUCCAGGGUGCCCACCUAAGUUUAAGAACUUCAGAGAGAAUUGUUACUACUUCUCAGCUUCAACAGAGAAUCUAAACUUUGAUGAGGCAAAGGAAAGUUGCAGCAACAAGAGUUCAUCGAUGCUUAUUAUCAAUGAUGAAGAUGAGGAGCUAUGGAUAAAGAGGCAGAUUUCUGGAAAAGGCUAUUUCUGGCUGGGUCUCACAGACAGUGCAGAGGAAAACAUCUGGAGAUGGGUGGAUGGAAGUCUGCCCGACUAUACACGAUGGAAAGCUGGACAGCCUGAUAACUGGAGCCAUGGUCAUGAAGCAGGAGAAGAUUGUGCGGGUUUAAUACACGAGGGCCAUGCUGACAGGGAGACGAACAAGAAGAGGAACGAGCUUAGAUCGCGUCGUGUAUAUAUCUCUGCCAUGCCUCUCUUCACGUCUAAUCCCUUUGAUCAAGAUGUUGAGAAAGCAACAAGUGAGAUGAAUACAGCUGAGGACUGGGGCCUCAUUCUGGACAUAUGUGACAAGAUCGGACAGUCUCGCACUGGGCCUAAAGAAUGCUUGCGAUCUGUAAUGAGGAGAGUAAAUCACAAGGAUCCCCAUGUCGCCAUGCAAGCGUUGACGCUGCUUGGUGCCUGUGUGUCAAAUUGUGGGAAAAUAUUCCAUUUAGAAGUUUGUUCCCGGGAAUUUGCUAGUGAAGUUAGCAACGUGCUAAAUAAGGGUCACCCAAAGGUAUGUGAAAAGCUGAAGGCUCUUAUGGUGGAAUGGGCGGAGGAUUUCCGUAAUGACCCCCAGCUCAGUCUCAUCUCAGCCAUGAUCAAGAAUCUCAGAGAACAAGGCGUCAUGUUCCCUGCGGUGGGCUCUCAGGCAGCAGAACAAGCAAAAGCCAGUCCUGCAUUAGUAGCUAAAGAUCCUGCAACAUCAACAAUCAAGAAAGAGGAGGAGGACCUUGCUAAAGCGAUUGAGCUGUCUCUGAAGGAGCAGCGGCAGCAGCAGCCUCAGGUCUCUCUGUCUGGCCUCUACCCGAGCACCAGCGCCCUCCUCACCUCUCACAAAACCGACGGCAGAAAGGUCAGAGCCAUCUAUGACUUUGAGGCGGCUGAGGACAACGAGCUCACCUUUAAAUCCGGCGAGAUCAUCACCAUCCUGGAUGACAGUGAUUCUAACUGGUGGAAGGGCGAGACGUAUCAGGGUGUUGGGCUUUUUCCCUCAAACUUUGUGACAGCAGAUUUGACAGCAGAGCCGGAGAUGAUGAAAACCGAGAAAAAGACUGUGCAGUUCAGUGAAGACAUCCAGGUAGAGACUAUUGAACCAGAGCCAGAGCCUGUCUACAUCGAUGAGGAGAAAAUUGACCAGCUUCUUCAGAUGAUUCAGAGUGCAGACGCAACCGAUGAUCAGUCAGACACCUGUGAGCUGCUGCAGUUGGAGGGUGCCUGCAAUCAGAUGGGUCCUCUCAUUGAUCAGAAGCUGGAGGACAUAGACAGAAAACACUCAGAGAUGUCCGAGCUCAACGUGAAGGUCAUGGAAGGACUGUCCCUCUAUGCUAAGCUAAUGAAUGAAGACCCAGUGUAUGCUAUGUAUGCUAAACUACAGAGCCAGCAAUACUACAUGCAGCAGACUCCCAAUGCUUCCCAACAGGUGUACCCUGGUCAGUCCACAGGAGGGCAGUAUGCAAUGGGUAGUACAGGAGUACCUGGAUACAAUGUUCCAAUGGAGCAGCUCUCUGCAAUGAACCAAACGGGAACACCAAUGCAGGGGCAGCCAGCUCCUAGCGAUGUCCAUAUGUACAUGGGCCAACCCGCAAUGUACAGCCCCACUCCUGGCAGCAUGCCCCCAGCUGAGCUCCAGUCUUACCAGAACCCAGCGGGCAUGAACCAAACCUCCGGCUACACUAUGCCCUCCACCCAGAGCCUUCCACCUACCACAGACAACCAACAGACCCAUUACCACGAAAAAGCUCUGUUAUAGGACCCACAGAGACGGGAAAUCUCUUGUUUCAUACAGACACGCACGCAUACUGUCAUAAAAAACAUUCACUCUCAAAAGACACACAGACACAGAUAUCUCCUAGAUCGUCUUCUCGUUUUCUUUAGGACACUGCAAACAUACACAGAAACACUUCAUGAAAGGACGUGCAACAUGUUGACUACUAACUGGUCGUGUUCUCGGAAAGCAGCUUGAUGAGCUUCUGGAUGUUUCUUUACAUUUUUUUUUCUUAGAAAAACGGCGAUGAGGAAUGCAAAGCUCACAUGCUGAUAUCAUUACAGUAAUUAAUAACUGGACGUUUCUUACAGGAAAAACACAUGACCGCAUGUUUGUGUUGUAUAUACUUUACCAGUGUAGGUCCCAAUAGUUCAGUGUUGGUCACAGCAGGUCCUGUAGGAGAGGUCUCAUCAUCGUCUGAAAAUGUGAAUGCCUGUGUGUCUGUGAGAGAGCUUAGAUCUAUAAAAGUCAUGCCACCUCUCCUCCAGAAACAUGUAGUCAUACACUUGCCAGUGGCCCAUAAUCCCAGUGUCUUUAAGCUCACUACUCAGUGUUAAAAAGAUGAAAUGUUUUUAGUGUUUUAUUUAUAUUUUGAUUGUUGUUUUGCUGUUUUAAUGGACAGAACAUUAAUACAAGAAGGAUGUAAUAUUCUGCCUGUGUGCAGAUGUGUAUAUAUGAGACCGAUAUCUGUCUUUAGGACGUGACGUCCGAAGCAGCUGCUUGUUCUGUAGAACAUGGGAAGGUGGGUCGCAAUAUUGCCCCACGUCAUGCACUUUUAAUUUACCCUUUUCCGUUCACCUAAAAGUUGUUCAGCACUCACGUGAUUUUUACUUGACAAAAAAAACUAGAAUGACAUUAAUUGUUUCUUAUUAAUUCCAUGACUGUUUAAGGUGUUUGCAAUGCUCAUGCAACUUCUCUAGGAUUUUAUCAACAUUGCAUUUCUCAGAAUGUCCGCUAGAAAUGAGUGAAUAUGUGUAUGGUUAUGGUUAGCACUAACCCUAACGCUCUGUAGCGUGUUGAACGACUGACCUGACCUCAUGUUUUGAAGUCCUGGCAUAGGAUGAACCCACACUAAAGAAAAAAAUGACUGGCUCAUAUGCCAACACUUGUUCGGACUAGUAAGCCCACAUCUCUGUCUCUAUGUAGCCACCGUGUUAUCAGAGUAGUUGUGGACGUGUCAUAGAGAAAAUUCUGGGAAAUUGGAUCCCCGGGACCAUGAGCCAGUUCUAAUGUAACACCUUAUUUGCACACGGAGAUGAUAAUCCUUACGUAAAUCCUUAGGGAAAAUUGUAUCAAUUCUGUUAAGUGUAAGCUGUUGUUUGUAUGUACUAUUUUAAUCAUCUUAUUACUUAUUAGUAUUCACAAUAAAACUAGGACAAAUGUA